AUGGUAGGGUUUUUUCCUGGGUUUCGUAUGCCAUACCAUGCUGUUAAUACCAUCGCAUCCCGAGUUUGGAGACAAUGUGGCUUGGAAAAUGUCUCAACAACUUCCAAUGGUUUCAUGAUUUUUCGGUUUACAACUGAAGCAGAGAUGCAUGCCGUUCUUGAGAAGGGACCUUGGAUGUUUGGUGGGAAAAACAUUGUGUUGCAACAAUGGCAUCCUAGGUUUCAGUUUGAUAAAAACAACAUCUCCACACUACCUGUUUGGGUUCGCCUGCAUGGUUUGCCGUUCCCUUUAUGGUCAAAGUCAGGAUUGAGCAUGGCUGCUAGUAUGGUUGGGAGGCCCCUCUCCUGUGAUGAAUCUACCUACACCUGCACCAGAUUGGACUAUGCCAGAGUAUGUGUCGAAGUCGAUGCUUCGCUCCCGUAUGUCCAUGAAUUUGAAAUUGAAAGCCCUUUAACAUUUGAGCCUAUUACAGUUAAGGUUGAUUAUGAAUGGAAACCAUCCAGGUGCGAAAAAUGCCACAUUUUUGGCCACUCUUGUCCCAUCCAACAACCUCCACAAUUGAACAAAGGUAAACUGCCUGUAACAGACACUAUUCCAUUACCCACCCCUGUCUUUGUUCAGCCACAGAUGCAGCCUUCCACCAGUGCUCUUCCAACACCAAUACCACCAAUACCACCAAAAGCUAUUUCUAGCCUUAGCCCAUCUCCCAUUCCUCCCCUAAUUGAUUCAUCUAUUCCACCCUUGCCUUCUGCCCCUACAGAAGCGGUCGUUGCACCACCAUCACUGUCUACUACCCAUGCAGAACCAGUAGUUGCACCACUAUCCCCUUCAAAUAUCCCUCCUCAGAAUAACCCUCAUUUGCCUUUGCCCACCUCAGAAGAAACUCUGCCCCUUGCUGUAGUUACCACAAACCUUAACACUCAGCACCAACCUGUUCUAGACACCACCACUUGUCUGGAAAGUAAGAUGGCUUCUUUACAAAGCCACAGUGAAUCAUCCUCUGCGAUGGAGACUUCCACUGCCGAAACUGCAUCUCUCCCCUUCAGUGAGAGUCAAGAUGAAUCUCCCAACCCUUCACCAAAAACAGUCCGGAAGAAAAAAGGUAGCUGGAAUAUUUGGGGACUCAACAAUCUCCAAACACAAAAAGCUGUCCAGGAAUGGACAACAAAAAACAAUUUAGAAAUCUUUGGUUUACUGGAAACUAAGAUAGCCUCCUCAAACCUAUCAGCUGUGACAUCCAAAUUGGGUCUCCCACACUGGCACUACACUUCCAACAUAGAUUACUCCACUAGUUGCCGUAUUCUAGUUGGAUGGAACCCCCACAAAAUUUCCCUCACUUGUGUCAAUGCUUCUUCUCAGUGGUUAACAUGUGAGAUCACAACCCAGAGCUUACUUGUCCCAUUAAGAAUCACAUUUAUUUAUGGCCAAAAUACUCCUGCUGCUCGAACACUCCUGUGGAACCACAUCUGUCAAGAGAGUUCUCUGACUGCUUGCAUUCCUUGGCUUGUCCUGAGGGAUUUCAAUGCAAUAUUGCAUGCUGGUGAUCGUUCAGGUGGGGAUAUCAACUGGUAUCAUCAUCAAAAUGACUUCAGCAAUUGUAUUCGCCAAGCGGAGCUCAUCCAAAUGCCUUACACAGGGCUAAAAUUUUCAUGGCAUAAUGGACAGCAAGGCGAGCACACAAUUCAGAAAAAAUUGGAUUGGAUAUUUGGUAACACUUGUUUGUUUUCUACCUUUCCUACAGCUCAUUCUAUUUUCAUGCCAAGGCUAAUCUCUGAUCACAGUGCCAUGCUAUUCCAUUUUACUAAUCCAACAUCAGUUAGGCCGCGUCAUUCUCCAUUCAAGUUUCUAAAUGCUUGGACUGACAGGGCAAACUUUAUGGAUCUUGUUAGCUCUUCAUGGAAUUCUCAGGUUAAUGGUAAUCCUAUGUACAAGUUUACAACCAAGCUUUGUAUUUUAAAGACUGCCCUCCGCAAUCUUCAUCAUCAACAUACAAACAAUAUUGCUAGUAAAGUGGCCCAAGCUAAAGUUACAUGGCAGGAUGCACAAUUACACUUGGAUAGCAACCCGACGUCCACUGAGGCUAAAGACAGAGAAAGGGCACAGGCCACUCUCUAUAUGCAACUUUGUAAGGAUGAGGAGUCCUUACUCAAACAGCGGUCCAGAAUUAAUUGGCUGCAGCUAGGUGAUCGCAAUACAAAGUUCUUCCAUAACUCCUUAUUGCACCGCCAAGUCAGAAACUGGAUUCAUAGUCUGCAGACCUCAACAGGUUCCAUCAUCACUGAUCAGCAGGAUAUGGGCAAGCUGGCAUCCUCCUACUAUGAGACUCUCUUAUCAGCACCUCAGCCUCCCCUCCCUGGGCCAAUUCAACAUUUAUAUUCUAACAUCAUCUCGGAGGAUUCAAGAUUGUCUUUAAAUCUUCCCAUCACGGAUGAGGACAUUAAGGCUGCACUGUUCUCCAUUCCUGACAAUAAAUCCCCUGGGCCUGAUGGCUAUAAUGCUUAUUUCUUCAAGCACUGUUGGAGCAUUAUUGGAACCGACUUUCUUGCAGCGGUAAGGUAUUUUUUCACCCAUAACUGUCUGCUUCGAUGUGUAAAUGCUACACGCAUAGCCCUGGUACCUAAAGUUGAGAAUCCAUCAUGCAUGAAUGACUUUCGGCCAAUCUCCUGUUGCACUGUUAUAUAUAAAUGUAUCUCCAAAGUCAUUGCAAUUAGGUUGAAAGCAGCACUUGCAGAGGUAAUAGGGCCAUCACAGUCAGCUUUUCUCCCAGGACGCAAUAUUUCAGACGCUAUUCUUCUUACUCAAGAGCUCAUGCACAAUGCUCAUCUCAACACAGGACCCUCUCGUUGUGCUCUCAAAAUUGACCUAAAAAAAGCUUUUGACACUGUGAGUUGGGACUUUGUAUUGGCAGGGCUAGAUGCCAUUGGCAUCCCUCAACAUAUGGUACAUUGGAUCCGACUCUGCAUCUCUACAGCACACUACUCAGUCAACCUUAAUGGGGAACUACAUGGUUUUUUUAAAGCUUCCAGGGGUAUUCGACAAGGAGAUCCCCUUUCCCCAUACCUUUUUGUUUUGGCAAUGGAAGGGCUGGAGGGACUCAUUAAACAAGCCACACAACAUGCGGAUUUCAAGUAUCAUUGGCGUUGUGCUGCAACUAAACUCACAUAUAUUUGUUUUGCAGAUGAUCUUAUGCUCUAUUGCCAUGCAGAUACUGCUUCGGUUUCUAUUUUGAAGUCCUGUUUGGACACUUUUUUUGCCAUCUCAGGCCUUACUAUUAAUCAAACAAAGAGCUCUCUCUUCCUGUCCGGUGUUGAUAGGGACACUCGAGCUAGCAUCAGCAAUCAGCUUGGCUUCCCACAAGGUGUGCUUCCAGUCAGAUAUUUAGGGGUUCCCCUAAUCUCUACACGGCUUAAACAUGCUGACUGCCUUCCCCUGCUAGAGCGCCUCACAUCCAGAAUCAAGCUUUGGACAUCCUCAUCAUUAACAUAUGCAGGACGCCUCCAGCUUAUUAAAUCAGUCUUGUUUUCCAUUCAAGUUUACUGGUCUUCAAUGUUCAUUCUUCCCUGCUCAAUCAUCAAGAAAAUUGAAAGUAUUUUCUCUGCCUUUCUAUGGAAAAGGGCAUCGUUGUCUCCUGUGGGUGCAAAGGUGGCUUGGCAAAGUAUUUGCUAUCCAUUAAGAGAAGGGGGCCUUGGAAUAAAGAAUUUAAAAACGUGGAACCAGGCAGCAACAUGGAAACAUAUCUGGCGGCUGCUAAUAGACAAGGAGUCUCUUUGGACAGUGUGGAUCCAUACAGUCCUUCUGCGUAACAGAUCUUUUUGGCAUAUCAAUAUUCCAUCUAAUGCUACAUGGUCAUGGAGGAAGAUUCUUCAAAGCAGGGAAAGUUGGCUCUCAUGGAAUUCAAAGGUUUCUCACAUUAUUCAUGAUGGUGGCUGGAACUUCCCUAAUAUUCCUGCCCUUCAACCAACAUGGAAUACCAUAACUUUCACCCCCCUUCUUGACCGCGAGGAUCAAUGUCUUUGUCGCUUACACCCUUCAGGCGCAUUCACAAUCAAAUCUGCAUGGGACUUCCUUCGGGCAAAAAAACAAGUCAACAACUUGUAUCAUCUUUUUUGGUUCAAAGGCCAUAUACUCAGACACUCAUUCAUCAUGUGGUUAGCUAGUAUUGGCCGGCUACGCACGAUGGACAGAUUAUAUGGGAGGGUAACCAGUACAACUUGCAUCCUGUGUGGUCUUCAUAUGGAAACUCAUGACCAUCUCUUCUUUGAAUGUUACUACACCAAUCUGGUUUGGAUGUCUAUUUGUCAUAAAGCCAACAUGCAUUGGCCUCGCCAACCAUGGACGCAGUUGCUUCAAUGGACAGCUUCUUACUACAAGCAGAGGAAUGAUAGUGAACACAUGAUAGCCCGCCUUCUGUUAUCCACCACGGUUUACUUCCUCUGGUUUGAAAGAAACAACCGUGUGUUCACAAACACUGCACAAACAUAUCAGACGACUGUGGAGACUAUUUUCCAGCAGAUUCGAACUCACAUUGCUCACAUGGAUAUUGCUUGCACCUUCCCAGCAAGGAUUCGAGCUAUUUGGAAUCUUCAACCUGACUAA